UGAAAAUGUAAAAGGAAGUUGCAUACGUCCUAGUCGCACUUUUCGGAAGAUGCGCGACAUACUAUCCUUGCAAAGGAAUGUAGUCGCAAAUCGCAAUAUUGCUGUAGGGAUGGAUGUCUGACGGUACCAAGAUGUUAGAACAGCACUUUCUCUUCUUUAACAACCAUGACACUGUAAAAAGUACCACUUCUAUUUCCAACUGGAUGGGAAACACAACAGCUCGAAUAUAGUACCAAAUCAAGGCCUGGGCAAUUCAAUUUUGUAGCUUUCAACACCCGCUGUUGCAAAUUUGCUUCAGUUUCUUGUGUCAUUAAUUCAAAAGCAGGCCACCUCAGUGAUAGCAUAGGUUGUAAAUCAAAAACAUGUUUUCAGCAUUGAAAAAGCUGGUUGGAUCUGAGCCGGGCCAGCUCAGGGACAAGAACAUUCCUGCUGGCCUGCAGUCCAUGAACCAAAGUUUGCAACGACGCUUUGCUAAAGGGGUCCAAUAUAAUAUGAAAAUCGUCAUUCGCGGCGAUAGAAACACUGGAAAGAGUACUUUAUGGUAUAGGCUUCAGGGGAAAAAGUUUGUGGAAGAGUACAUACCCACCCAGGAAAUCCAAGCUACAAGUAUCCAUUGGAAUUACAAAACUACUGAUGAUGUGGUCAAGGUCGAGGUGUGGGACGUGGUUGACAAAGGCCAAAAAUAUCCUCUUCCUGAUGGUGUAGGCAAAGGCAAAAAGCGUGGUGACAAUUUGAAACUAGAGAAUGAGCCGCAAGAGUCAGACGAGGUGGCCCUUGAUGCAGAGUUUUUAGAUGUGUACAAAAAUUGCAAUGGCGUAAUCAUGAUGUUUGACAUUACCAAGCAGUGGACAUUUAACUACAUCUUAAGGGAACUUCCUAAAGUGCCCACUCAUGUACCAGUCUGUGUGCUGGGAAACCACAGAGACAUGGGUGAACAUCGAGUCAUCCUGCCUGAUGACAUAAGGGAGCUGAUUGCUGGAUUAAACAGACCAGCGGGAUCAUCUUACAUCCACUAUGCUGAAUCCUCUAUGAAGAAUGGCUUUGGCUUAAAAUACCUGCAUAGAUUUUUCAACAUCCCCUUUUUACAACUACAGAGAGAGACCCUUUUGAGGCAACUGGAGACAAACCAGCUGGACAUGGAUGCCACGCUAGAAGAGCUUUGUGUGCAGCAAGAGACAGAAGAUCAGAAUUAUGAAAUUUUCCUGGAGAACCUAGAGUCCCGUAAUAAGGGCUACGGUUCACCUGGUCCAGCCAACGGUCAGAGUCCCUCCUCGGGCUCUCAGUCCCCUAUUGUUCCUCCCAGUGGGGCCUCCACUGGAAGUUCCAGCCCCAGCACACCUCAACCGCCAAUCCCUUCCCAGCCACUCCCACAGUCGCCCUCUGUAUCGGCUCCCACUGCUCCUGCUGUCGGUGCAGCUGUCGGCAGAGCAGCCUCGCCUUCGGCUGAAUUAAAGUUUUCAGCUCAAUCACCAGAGCACCUUCAGUCAUCCGUCACACCAGUAUCAGCCCCCCAGAAACGCAGCUUCAUGUCUCGAUGGUUUGGCUCGUCACCUGUCCCUGAAGCUUCUGUGAGUUCAUCAGAGGAACUUCCUGCACCAGUGUGUCCUACUCAGGUACGAAGUGUGGAUGAUUUUGUGCCAGAUGAUAGACUGGACAAGAGUUUCCUAGAGGACAGUUUGCCCUCCAAAACAAAGGUGUCGCAGCCAACACCAGCAGCGGACAGUGACAGUGAUUUUGAAGACAGAGGAAACCCCAUGGUGUCUGGUUUCCAGGAUGAGCUUGAUCCUGAUGACACAGAACCGACUCUACCACAGCCUAAAAUGCUGCCUCCCAGUAAAGAUAUCUGUCUGACCAGUGAUGAGGACGAGCAAACACUAGUAGCACCUUCGGUGAAAAAUGACCAGGAUAUGGAUAGUGAACCUGAACUGAAAAACUAUAUCACUAAACCAAAAGUUGCAUCUAAAGCGUCAGAUCCCAGAGACCAGUCUGCAGCUCCCAUCCUCCUCACUUUAAUUCCAACCGUAGAGCAGCCCACCCAGCAGCAAGUAAAAAAGAAAGGUGUCGCAGCCAUAACUGGGGACUCCGAUACUGACCCUGAGGGCCCUGUGGCCCAACAGAUGCUCUCUUUUGUUAUGGAUGACCCUGACUUUGAGUCUGAAGCAUCAGACACACCAAAAAUAAUAAAGAGUACAUUCCCUGCCAGGGAUGAACUUCUAUCUGACCUCUCAGACGAUGACAUUCAGUCAGUCAAGGCACCAAAACCUGUGAAUCCCACUGUGAUCUCAUUUAAACAAAAGGAUGUUUCUGACCUUUUUGGCCUUGGCAUCCAAGAACCCUCAGCAACCAAAGAGAGCAGCGAGGAGCAAGAAGAGAAAGAAUGCAAACACUCCUCUAAAGACAAGAAGAAGAAAAAGAAGAAAAGUAAAGAGGAGGAAGAAAAGAAUAGGAAGAAACAUUCAAGUAAACACAAGAAAAAAGAAAAAGAUGAAGCUGUUGACGAUAAAGAGAAAAAGAAGAAAAAAUCGAGGACCAAGAAAACAGAGGUGGAUGAGCUGGAAGACUUUUUAGGAGGAUCCACAAAAAGAGAUGAUGGCGAUUAUGAAGAACUAUAAGAUCUCCCUUUUUAUUAGUAUACUGCAUCUGAGGACACCUGUGGCAAGGAAUUAGAUCACUACCUGGUUCUCUGACUUGUAUGUGCACAAAGUUGUAUCCCAAGCCAUACAAAAUGCAAUACAGCUACCAACAACCACCAGGUAAAACCAGACACUCUGGAUGUAGGCCUGAUUGUUAUUUCUGAUCUAAUCAAUUUCUUUUUAAGUUCACUUGUACAAUGACUGUCAUUCAAUUCAGUUAAAAUCUUCUAAGAGAUUACAAACUGAUAAUCGGUGUAGCUGUACUGUAUUUUUUUUCUUUGAUGUGAUUGUUCAUUUGUGAACAUUAUUCUCCAAGAGAUCCACCCUCAUUUAGUCUCUAUAAUUAGAAUUACUGUACCAUUCUGUCUGAGUCUUUGUGUGGUUGGAAUAACGUUGGCCCGCAUGCGAAAGGUUAACAAAUGCCUCCCCGUUUCUGUCUGUCCUUGUAUUGUUCUGCUUCAUCUGCGGUGGUACAUUUAUACCCUGGUUUACUUCUUAAUAGGUAACAUGGAAUAACAACUUAAGGUUUGUUUGAGCAAAACUGUACUCUGCAUUCGAAUCUCCAGCAAGCUUCUCCUUUCUGCCAUUGGAGUAGGGCAAGUAACAUUGGCCAGACUACAAAUGGCUAACAUUGAAGUUUUUUAAUGUCUUUAGAUCAGCACUAUCCAUCAUGGUACAGUAUUCCAGCUGGUCUUUGUCUUGCCAAUUUACUUGCAUGUGGAAUUGGAACAACAAUAUGAACUAUUUUAUCAAUAUUAUAUGAUGAUCUCUCGACCCAAAAUAAUAAGAAAUUGUCAGUCGGUUUUGAAUUAAAUAGUAAGAGCCAUUUAGAUUUUUAAUCAAUUCAAGCUGUUUAGGGCAGUUUGGGUCAAAGGUCAGACCGUACAGGAUUUUUUCACAACUUCACUCAUUAGCUUGUGUCUCUCAUCUAAUUAUACAGUAGAUGAUUUACCAGACACUAAAGACACUUUUCUGCAGCAUUUUUUGUAUUUAGACUGGAAUGUGGACCAAUAGAAUCUCCGGUCAGAAUUCUAAAAUUGACUCAUUGCAGAUGUAGCAAAACUGCAGCUGUCCAAUUCUAUGCUUCUUUGCUGUUCCAUAUUUUCUUUUGAAUUGUCUCCAUCCAAACAUUUUUUUUUAAUGCCUUAACAGACGUUUCAACAAGACUUGUGUGCUGCUAUCCUGGACCAUUUUAAGUGUUCUUUCUGUUCUCUCAGAUUUGCGAUCAGAAUAUUGUUUUUGCUGGUGAGACUCAAAUACACAAAGCCUAUUUUAAGAUUGCAAUGACUCACUAAACCCUGUUUUGUGUUUUUUGUUCUUUUGUGUUUAUCUGUCUCUGCAUGUUACAACAUUUUCAUUUGGAAAUAUCUGCUUAUUGUUUUUUUUUUUUUUUACAGUUUUGUUUUGUUACAGGAUUGCAUGGUUGUGUUGGUGUACAUUUUAUUAAAAAAAUUUAAAGCAACUUUUCAAUAUUGCUAUUUACAGUUCAUUGUUUGUCUCCAAUUAUACAGUUUUCUUUCCACUUGUUUUAGGGAGUUAUUAGAUGUCAUGCUUUGCUCUGUUUCAGGCCAUUAUGUCUCAAUUAAUUUAAUCAAAUCUAUCAUCAUCAGACUGUAUCCAAGAUACCCAUAUUUCAAAUAAAUGGAAUACUCCAAGAUUCCUUAGUUUCCACCUCUCGCAUACUCCAGACUUACUCUAUUGAUUUGUUAAGUAUGUUCAAAAUUCCAUCGCUGAAACUUGACAUCGUUGAUCCAUUUUUACCUUUUUAUCUAAUUUGAGAAUAAAUGCAGGAAACAUUUUUAGCAAAGCUUGAAACACGUAUGUACAGCAAAAAAAGAUUGUAUAAAUUAUUUUAAAAAAUAUGUCAAGAGUGUCUCUGAUUUUCCAUGAAAUUGUUACAGACUGGAAAGAUGCAAGAGCGAUAAUUUGCCAUGACACAACAUAAGUAAUAUUUUGUAGAACUGAGAUGCACUUUGAAUUUUUUUUUUUUUUUCAGGUAUCGGGUUUCUUCCAAGGGGUUAUACAUUAUAACGGUGUGAAAUGAAUCCCAUAUCUUCCUAUUCUCUGACAUGUCUCAUCGUACACUGUGUGAGUUUGACGAUGUUUGCUUUGUCCAAUAAAUACACAUUUCUCAAUA